AUGACCAGUUAUCAAAACGUUCAAGAGUCCCAGAUCAAAGGGUAUAAUGACUGUCCAAUUUUGGAUUAUUCUUCAAAAAACUCAAGUUCAACAUCAUUAAAAUCGAGAAGAAGGUUGGUGUCACAAUUAAAUAAUACCAUUACAACAAAUCUUGAUGGUUCAAUACCCAAACCUCCAACUUCUUUAAAACCACCAUCUUUCAAAACUCAUGAAUCCAAUGAAACUGGUGAAACAACCACUGAUCAACCUACUACUGAAUCUAUAUCAGAUGAAGAAUUACUAAAAUUAGUGGAAAAAAUUAUAAAGUUACCAAAUUCAUUACCAGAACGUGAAUUUAAUCAUUAUUCUAAGAGAAUAUUGGAUAAUUUUCAAAAGGGUAUUAAUAAUGAACAAUAUAAAUUGAUUAUCUAUAAAAAUUUACAAAAUUAUUCUAAUAAAGAACAAGUUAAAAAUGAAUUAAUUAAAUUUAUUCUAUCAAAUGAUGGUGUAUCAACUUGGUGUUUACCAUUAAGAAAAGUUUUAGAAAAUAUUAAAAUAUAG